AUGCUUUUAUGCCGGAAUCGAGAGGAAUCCGAGGACCGAGGUAGGGAAUGUGGCUCGAAUGCGAGUGUGAAGCAAGGAGAUAUUGUGCGAGAUGAGAAAUUAGAGCGUUGUCGAAUCCCCUUCCCCCGUCCGUCCAUAUCUCGCAUCCACCGUCCGUCGCCACAGCUUCCCCCAUCCGUCGCACCAGCUUCCCCCGCCCAUCGCCCUCGCUUCCCCCGCCCAUCGCCCUCGCUUCCCCCGCCCAUCCCCCUCGCUUCCCCCGUCAUCGCCCUCGCUUUCCCCUCCCGUCGCCCUCGCUUCCCCCUCCCGUCGCCCUCGCUUCCCCCUCCCGUCGACCUCCCAUCUCCCUCCCGUCCCCCUCCCGUCCCCCUCCCGUCCCCCGCCAAUCGCCCUCCCGUCCCCCUCCCAUCGCCCUCCCGUCGCCCUCCCAUCCCCCUCCCAUCCCCCUCCCAUCCCCCUCCCAUCCCCCUCCCAUACCCCUCCCAUACCCCUCCCAUCCCCCUCCCAUCCCCCUCUCAUCCCCCUCUCAUCCUCCUCCCAUCCCCCUCCCAUCCGCCUCCCAUCCCCCUCCCAUCCCCCUCCCAUCCCCCUCCCAUCCCCCUCCCAUCUCCCUCCCAUCCCCCUUCCAUCCCCCUCCCAUCGCCCUCCCAUCCCCCUCCCGCCGCCCUCCCAUCCCCCUCCUCUCCCCCUCCCAACCCCCUCCCACCCGCCUCUCAUCCCCCUCCCAUCCCCCUCCCAUCCCCCUCCCAUCCCCCUCCCAUCCCCCUCCCAUCCUCCUCCCAUCCCCCUCCCAUCCCCCUCCCAACCCCCUCCCACCCCCCUCUCAUCCCCCUCCCAUCCCCCUCCCAUCCCCCUCCCAUCCCCCUCCCAUCCUCCUCCCAUCCCCCUCCCAUCCCCCUCCCAUCCCCCUCCCAUCCCCCUCCCAUCCCCCUCCCAUCCCCCUCCCAUCCCCCUUCCAUCUCCCUCCCAUCGCUCUCCCAUCCCCCUCCCAUUCAUUCUGCUCAUCUUUCCGUCCUUAUUUUCCUGGGUCAAUCUGUUUCCCCUGCUCAUUCUCACUGUGUUUCUCCUGCCCAUUCUCUCCCCAACUACUCGCUCUGUUCCUCUCUGCUCACUCUCUUUCCCCCUGUCCCAGGCCCCCAACACCACAGGCCAAGGUUGCAUGCAGUGUAG